CAUUAAUCUCCAGCGCCACAUACCUGGAUUUUCUAUCAUGCAUGUUUGUAAUUGAUUCAAAGUUACACGGAAUUGUGUUGUUUAUAUUCCCAUUUUGUGAAAAAUAAAUAAACAAUACGGACAUGUCUAGUUUUCAGACAGCGUGUGGAUUAUUUCUGACUGUAAGAAAUAUCAUCAUUGUCAUCUUAACUCCAAUAGUUUUGCUGCCACUAAUUCUACUGGUGAAUGGAGAUGAAGCGAAAUGUGCUUAUUGCAUCAUCAUCAUGGCAGUGUUUUGGAUUACAGAGGCUUUGCCAAUAGCUGUGACGUCACUAUUACCAAUCAUUCUCUUUCCUAUGACUGGACUAUUGUAUGCUAAAGAUGUAUCCAGUACAUACCUUAAUGAUACAGCAGCUCUAUUUCUUGGAGGCCUUAUUGUGGCAGCCGCCAUUGAACAUUGGAACAUACAUAAACGUCUUGCCCUUAGAGUUCUUAUGGUUGUGGGAUCCGAACCAAGAUGGUUGAUGUUUGGGAUGAUGUUACCCACGUGGUUCCUGUCAAUGUGGAUUAGUAACACAGCCACCACCGCCAUGAUGAUUCCUAUAGCUAACGCCGUAUUGGUCCAAAUGAAGGAAACACGAGAGUCGGAGAAGAAAGACGACAUCAAAGUUGUUGAUCAUGGUGAUGUUGACAUUGAAUUGGACGUUACCGUGAAGAAUGAAAUAAAAAAUAUGACCAAUGGAAAUCUCGACAAAGACCAUGAAAAACAUUCUACUGAAAAACAGUCAAACAUAAAGAAGACCGAGGACGCAGAGUACUCACGCAUGUGUAAAGCUCUGUCGUUAGGAAUAGCUUAUUCUGCUAACUGCGGGGGCGUGGCUAGCCUUACCGGAACUGGUCCUAACGUUAUCAUGAAAGGAGCUGCAGAUACUGCUUUUCAAGAGAAAAACGCCACAUCUCCUGUCACAUUUACUACAUGGAUGCAAUACUGUUUACCAAUAUCAGCCAUCAUUGUCAUAUUUGUCUGGGCGUGGCUUCAGGUUCUAUUUCUACGCUGCAAAACAUAUAAUAAAAACUCUCCUGAGCAGGCAAAGAAGGUCAGAAAUGUUAUAAGACAACAAUAUGAAGAACUAGGUUCAAUAACCUUUGGACAGGGAGCAGUCAUUAUUCAUUUUGUCCUGCUGGCACUUUUGUGGGUCACUAGAGACUUAGGGGGAGUUGGAGGAUGGGGUGAUAUAUUUCCAGAAAGAACUGUGACUGAUUCCACACCAGCCAUUCUAAUUGCUAUCAGUCUUUUUCUAUUCCCCUCUGUUCUUCCACAUAAUUUUAAAGGAAAGGGCAAACCCUUACCACCUUUACUUCCAUGGCAGGCCGCUGAAAAGAUGGUGCCGUGGGGAGUUAUUUUAUUGCUUGGAGGAGGUUUUGCUCUAGCAAAAGGAAGCAAGGAUUCUGGAUUAUCGAAAUUGAUUGGAGAACAGUUAACAGUGUUUAAAGAUUUCGAACCGUGGGUGAUGAAUCUUGUACUAUGUUUUAUAGUAGCAGGUGCCACGGAAGUUACAAGUAACACAGCAAUAUGCACACUGAUGAUGCCUAUAAUGAAAGAAUUGGCUAUCACACUUGAGGUAAACCCACUCUACUUCAUGUUUCCUACCGCCAUUGCUACAUCAUUUGCUUUCAUGCUUCCUGUAGCCACUCCACCUAAUGCAGUUGUCUUUUCUUAUGGCUUUGUCAGGGUAUUGGACAUGGUAAUCGCCGGAUUUCCAUUAAAUAUCAUAGCUGUUUUGAUUUUGGUCAUUGGAACGGAAGUAUGGGGAGAAGCAAUAUUUGGUUUUCAUACACUUCCUGCUGCUUUUAAAGUAUCCAAUGAAACUUUAACCUUAUUCAACAAUUCUACAUCAAUAUCAACUGUUAAUCCAUUGACUGGAACAACCUGAUUAAAAGUUAAUUAUUGAAGAUAAUUACUCCUGAAAUUUAUAUGAGUAUUUUUUUUUACAUAUGUAUGACGAGAAAGUAAUUUCAACGACUAUAAAAGUGUUGCAAUUCAUAACUCGAGACUUAAAUAUCAAAUGAAAUGUUCUUCCUGGUUAAAAAUACAAUAAAUAUUACUUACUAUAACUUCAUUAUUGUUCAGUGUUUAUAGAAGCAACAUAU